AUGUAUUAUUUUAAAUUAAUUUUUUACAUUUUCUUGUUAAUUUUUAUUAACGUAUCUGUUGAGAAAACUAAAGGAAAAAGGAAUAAUUUAUUAUUCCACCGUCGUUGCAAAAGAGGGAAUAAUUUUGGGUGUUUUGGAGGUGGAAGUAGGUCUAAUCAACCAUUAAGACAACGUGAAGGAAAGGCACAUGUACAGCAAGGAAGGGAAUCUAAAAGAAGAAAUUCAAAAAGGGCUUUGUAUAUUUUCGAUAACUUUUUCUACUCUCACGUUCAAUUACAUGUAAAUAUUUUUUAA